GUUCACCCCCCGUCCCCCCCGAUUUCCUACCCACAGAUCAGACCUGCUUUGCAAACUUCCGUGACGGCUUUAAAAAACGAAACUGAAAGCGGUUCUCUCCUCUCCUACGACGGGUAACUUUUUGUACCAAAACAAAAAAGCAGGAAACUUUUGGCUCUUCCUCCUUGCAAAAUUUUUGUGAUUCAUAUUGAACAAGGAGGGAUUCCCCCCCUAAGAGGAUUUGUAUCUCGAAGAGUAUGGAGAAAGGUUCAAUUCCAGGAGCACUUGUAAAAGAGACGGAAAAUCCUAAAGAAUUAGAACAAUUGAAGAUAAGUUCUAGCACAGAGAAAAGUGAUAUUCCAGGAUCACUUAUAAAUGAGAUGGAAAACCUUAAAGAACUAGAACAAUUGAAGAGUAUGGAGAAAGGUGAGAUCCCAGGCGCUCUUGUAAAUGAGAAAGAACUUCUUAAUGAACUAAAAGCAUUGAAGAUAAAUUCUAGUGCUGAGAAAGGUGAGAUUCCAGGCGCACUUGUAAAUGAGAUGGAAAAUCUUAUGGAUCUGGGAAUGCCGAAGGCAAAUUCUAUGAUGAAGAAAGAUGAGGUUUCAGACAUACCUGUAAUCUUGGCUGAAAAACGUAAAGAACUGGAAGAAUGGAAGGCAAGGGUUGUAAUAGCUGAAAAGCAGAAGUCCGACAUGCUUCUUUUAAAACUUCAUGCGGAUGAAAGGAGAAGAAAAAAUCAAGAGGAAUUGACAAAGCUAAAGGAUCUAGAAAAUAAGGUGAUUCAGGAAAGUAUGAAAGUACAAGAGGACCAUAAGAGGGAACUUUCUUCUAUAAAUGAGCAAAAUAAAGUGCUGAAAAAGGAAAUUGAGAUCCUUAAAGCCAAAAUUGCAGCAAUGAAUGCUAAGCAUGAAGAGCAUGCGCGGAACUUUCGGCUCAAAAAAUACAUACCUGAGAAGAAAAUGAUAUUUUCGCGGCUGGAGAACAUCACGAAUGAAGAUGACUGUAUGAAUAUAUCCUGCCUUUUUCACAUAACCACAAAACUCCCAUUUACGCUGAGCAAAGGAGAAGCCCUCAUUACAUUUGAAGAAGAAAAUGUUGCCCAGGGACUGAUUAGAAAACAUUAUCAUACUGUGAACAUGGAAAAUGAGAAGAUGGUUCUGCGAGCACGGCCUGUUAUUCUGGAGACAGGAGUAACAUUUGAGCUCCAUGCGAAAAUCUCUCAAAUGAAGGUUAAUGUUUCUAGCAUCCCAGACCUAAACAUCCCUGAGGAAUGGAUGAGAGACAAGUUGGAACUGUAUUUUUGUAAAACUAAACUGGGAGGAGGGGUGCAGAAGGUGACUUACGACCACUGGUCCCACAUGGCCCUCAUUACAUUUGACCAACCUAUAGCUGCUAACAAUAUUGUGGGAUGUGAGCUACGCCAUUUCCAUGCACAUGGAAGGACUCAUAAUAUUAUGGUCUCUCCUGUCAUACAGAACAAGGUGGAAAGACUUCAGAUAUUUGCUGGAAUUUCCAGGAAAACCAUACUGUUAACAGGAAUCAAGGUGGAAGAGGAAGAUGAGGAGAGUGUGCAAGAUAUGAUAGCCAUCCACUUCCAAAAACCUAGCAAUGGUGGUGGUGAAGUUGAAAGUGUCAAAUAUGUUUCAAAAGGAACCAAAGUUGCUUAUUUUGAGAACGAUACAGAGGAUGUUAAAUGACAGCAUGAGGAUGAACUUGAACACAAGCUUAUCUUCCCAUUCUGCCAGGGUCUUCAUAGAACAAUAUAUCCGUUUCGUUACUAUUAUUUUGCCGUUUUACACUGGAUAGUGAGCCUGUUUGUUUUCAAGUGGAAAUGCUGUAUCCCACAAAUACCAUGGCUGUGAUCCAAUUAAAGCUGUUCAUGACUA